AUGUCUAGGGGAGUCUGGAAGAAUACACAGCCACAUAUGGUUUAUCCUUGAUUUUGCAGACCCUCACCCCUGUGAGCAGCCUAGCGGUGCCAGCUCCUCCCUUCUUCAAAUUUUUUAUAUAUAUAUAUCAUAUAUAUAUUUUUUUUUCUCUUUGCACCCAACUCCCCAUCUGAUUCGCAUGAAUCUGUUGGAUCCUUUCCUGAAGAUGACAGAAGAGCAAGACAAGUGCCUGUCUGGGGCCCCUAGCCCCAGCAUGUCUGAGGACUCAGCCGGCUCCCCAUGCCCAUCUGGGUCUGGCUCAGACACAGAGAACACCAGACCCCAAGAGAACACUUUCCCCAAGGGGGACCCGGACCUCAAGAAGGAGACAGAGGAUGAGAAGUUCCCUGUCUGUAUCAGAGAGGCGGUCAGCCAAGUGCUGAAGGGAUAUGACUGGACCCUGGUGCCCAUGCCCGUCAGGGUGAACGGAUCCAGCAAGAACAAACCGCACGUCAAGCGGCCAAUGAACGCCUUCAUGGUGUGGGCACAAGCGGCCCGGAGGAAGCUGGCAGACCAGUACCCACAUCUGCACAAUGCGGAGCUCAGCAAGACUCUGGGCAAGCUGUGGAGGUUGCUGAAUGAAAAUGAGAAACGUCCCUUUGUUGAGGAAGCAGAGAGGCUGAGAGUCCAGCACAAGAAGGAUCACCCAGACUACAAGUACCAGCCCCGGCGUCGAAAGUCUGUGAAGAACGGGCAGGCUGAGCAAGAGGACGGCUCCGAGCAGACCCACAUCUCCCCCAAUGCCAUCUUCAAGGCUCUUCAGGCCGACUCUCCGCACUCUGCCUCCAGCAUGAGUGAAGUGCACUCCCCAGGAGAACACUCAGGUCACUCACAAGGACCACCAACUCCACCGACCACCCCGAAAACAGACGUCCAGCCCGGUAAACCAGAUCUGAAACGCGAAGCACGCCCCCUGCAGGAGAGCGGCCGCCAGCCUCCUCACAUUGAUUUCCGCGAUGUGGACAUUGGGGAGCUAAGCAGCGAGGUCAUCUCCAACAUCGAGACCUUUGACGUCAAUGAGUUCGACCAGUACCUGCCGCCCAACGGCCAUCCCGGAGUGGCCUCCACUCAGGUGACCUACACGGGCAGCUACGGCAUCAGCAGCGCCACCAGUGGUCCGGCUGGAGCUGGGCACGCGUGGAUGUCCAAACAGCCACAACAGCCACCUCCACAGCCCCAGCAGCAGCACGGUUUAUCGACUCUCAACAACGAGCAGAGCCAGUCCCAGCAGAGGACACACAUCAAAACUGAGCAGCUUAGCCCCAGUCACUACAGCGACCAGCAGCAACAACAUUCCCCGCAGCAACUCAACUACACAUCUUUCAACCUCCAGCAUUACGGGUCUUCCUACCCAACAAUCACACGCACGCAGUAUGACUACGCCGAACACCAAGGCUCAAACUCCUACUACAGUCACGCCGCGGGCCAAAGCUCGAGCCUCUACUCAACGUUCAGCUACAUGAACCCCAGCCAACGUCCCAUGUACACACCCAUUGCAGACACAACAGGGGUCCCAUCCAUCCCACAGACCCACAGCCCCCAACACUGGGAGCAGCCGGUCUACACACAGCUGACCAGGCCGUAGAUAAUGGACUAUUGACUACUGACUUUUCAGGACAGUUCGCCCUCCACGAGUCAAGCGGUGCCCUCUUCUCAGGCGUGGCACAACGCCCUCUGCUGGCAGCCAGCAAAACAAAAACAAAAUGGGUGUCACUCUUCUUUAAAGUACUUUCUGGUCUCCCGUCUCCACAGAUGAAACACGAGAAGAUACUUUUGAUAACCGUCAACUUGAUUCUCUAAGAGACUUUGAAACAAAAACAAA